AUGAGAUUAUUAUUAUUAUUAAUCGUUUUAAUUUUUUCAUUCAAUGUUUGCUUUGCCUCAAACAGUGUCUACUCAGCCCAAACUUAUCAAACCUCUUUCUUAGGUUGGAUGAAAAAACACGACAGAUCAUACCAUCAUCAUGAAUUCAACAAUAAAUACCAAGCUUUCAAAGAUAACAUGGACUUUAUCCAUAACUGGAACACCAACAAAAACUCAAAGACUGUUCUUGGUUUAACCCAAUUUGCCGAUUUAACCAACGAAGAAUACAGAAAGAUUUACCUUGGUACUAAAGUUAAUGUUGCUCCAGAAAAACACAACUUCAACAUGAUUCACUUCACUGGUCCAGAUUCAAUCGAUUGGAGAACUAAAGGUGCUGUCUCACACGUCAAAGAUCAAGGUCAAUGUGGUUCAUGUUGGUCAUUCUCUACUACCGGUUCAGUUGAAGGUGCUCAUCAAAUUAAAACUGGUAACAUGGUCACUUUAUCUGAACAAAAUCUUGUCGAUUGCUCAGGCAAAUUCGGUAACAAUGGUUGUGACGGUGGUUUAAUGGUCAAUGCCUUCAAAUUCAUCAUGAGCCAAGGCGGUGUUGCUACCGAAGACUCAUACCCAUACAAUGCUGUUCAAGGCAAAUGUAAAUUCACCAAAUCAAUGGUUGGUGCCAACAUCUCAGGUUACAAAGAAAUUACCCAAGGUUCAGAACUCGAAUUACAAGCUGCCCUUACCAAACAACCAGUAUCUAUUGCUAUUGAUGCUUCCCAACAAUCCUUCCAAUUAUACAAAUCAGGUGUCUAUGAUGAACCAGAAUGUUCAUCAUACCAAUUAGAUCACGGUGUCUUAGCUGUUGGUUACGGUACCGAAAACGGUAAAGACUACUACAUCGUUAAAAACUCAUGGGCUGAUAGCUGGGGUCAAGAUGGUUACAUUUUCAUGAGCAGAAACGCUAAAAAUCAAUGUGGUGUUGCUACUAUGGCCAGUUACCCAAUCUCUAAUUAA